AUGGAUCCAUUGUUUUUCGAAUCUGUCCCGUCAAGUGUCCAACCGAAUACCGGGUUUUCGGGUUUUGCAAAUGAAACUCAACCCGGGUUUUCGGGUUUCGCGGGUGGUUCAUCAUCACACUUCGCGAGUCAACAGGUUCAAGAUGAAGAAGAAGAAGAAGAAAAAGAGGUGGAGGAGGAAGAGGUGGAAGCAAUACCCGAGACCCAAGUCUCGGUUAAAGGUAAAAGAGAGUGUCGAAAUUGGGGGAAGGAUGAAGAGGCGUGUUUGGCAAAAGCUUGGUUAAACGUUUCCGAGGAUCCAUACGUCAGAAACGCCCAAACGGCGGGUUCGUUUUGGAAGAAGGUGAAGUUUCAGUUGGACUCACACUUGAACCGUGAGUCAGGACGUACCCCAAAAAUGUGUUGGUCGAAAUGGAAGGAUUUGAAGCAUAAGGUGUCGGGUUUUUGUGGUAUUUACAAUGUGAAGAAAAGUAAGAUGCCGAGUGGCCAAAGUGACGAGGAUGUGUUUAAGUCGGCCGUGGCAUUGUAUAUGCGGAAAUACAAUAACAAGUCCGGGUUUCCGCAUGUAGAGGCGUGA